CCUCUGUCCCCUGCCUCUGAAGCCUCCUCUGUCGCCAUGUUGUCAGCUUGAAUCUGUUGCUCCGCUUUGAUUUAGUUUGAUUUCUUAUUAUAAAACAGAAAAAACUGAAGAUGUCGAAUGUUUCUUAUCACGUGUCCAACCUGUUGGAGAAAAUGACGUCAACUGACAAAGACUUUAGGUUCAUGGCCACUAACGACCUGAUGCUGGAGCUGCAGAAGGACAGCAUUAAACUGGACGAGGACAGUGAGCGGAAGGUGGUGACGAUGCUGCUCAAACUGCUGGAGGACAAGAACGGAGAGGUGCAGAACCUGGCAGUGAAAUGCCUGGCCCCUCUGGUGGGUAAAGUGAAGGAGCCUCAGGUGGAGACGAUGGUGGACACUCUGUGCUCCAACAUGCUGUCGGACAAGGAGCAGCUCAGAGACAUUUCCAGCAUGGGACUGAAGACGGUGAUCGCUGAGCUGCCGCUGUCGUCGACGGGUUUGACGACCACUGUUUGUAAGAAGAUCACCUCGCAGCUGAUCGGGGCCAUGGGGAAACAGGAAGACGUGUCGGUUCAGUUAGAGGCUCUGGACAUCCUGUCGGACAUGUUGGGAAGGCUGAGCGGUGCUCUGGUGAGUUUUCACAGCUCUCUACUGUCCAGCCUCCUCCCUCAGUUGACCAGUCCCAGGAUGGCGGUCAGGAAGCGCUCCAUCUUGGCCCUGGGUCACCUGGUGCCCUGCUGCAGCCCCGCCCUCUUCUCCCAGCUCACAGAGCACCUGCUGACGGAGCUGAACAAGGCUCCGCCCACCUCAGUGACCAGGACGUACAUCCAGUGCCUGGCAACCAUCAGUCGUCAGGGCGGCCAUCGAGUCGGUGAACAUUUAGAGAAACUGAUCCCCAUGGUUGUUAAGUUCACCGGCGUGGAGGAUGACGAGCUGAGAGAGUAUUGUUUCCAGGCCUUUGAAGCCUUUAUACGCAGGUGUCCAAAGGAGAUGUCCCCCCACAUUGCCACAGUGACUAAGCUUUGUCUUCAGUUCAUGACCUUUGACCCGAACUACAACUAUGACGACGAUGAGCAGGACGAGGAAGACAGCAUGGACAUCGAGGACGGACUCGACGAAGAAUCAGACGACGAGUACAGUGACGACGACGACAUGAGCUGGAAGGUGCGACGCUCGUCCAUCAAGUGUCUGGAGGCGUUGAUCAGCUCGCGCCGGGACCUCCUCCUUUCCUUCUACUCCUCCAUCUGCCCGGCUCUGCUAGCCCGCUUCAAGGAGCGCGAGGAGAACGUGCGGGCGGACGUCUUCGCCGCCUUUUCAACACUGCUGAGACAGACACGAGUGGGAUCGAGUCCCCGCGGCCUCGUCGGGGCCUCUUCAGAUCCAGGGUCGAGUAAGGCAGAGGAGGAGGAGCCGGCGGUGGCAGUGCUGAAGAAACAGGUGCCUCUGAUAGUGAAGACUCUCCACAGGCAGCUGAAGGAGAAGAGCAUUAAAUCUCGACAGGGCUGCUUCGGUCUUCUCACCAAGCUCAGUCACACUGUACCUGGAGCCCUAGAACAACACAUACCUGCUCUAAUACCAGGUAUAGUCUUCUCCCUGACAGACAAGUCCACGUCCUCCACCAUGAGGAUCGAUGCUCUCUCCUUCUUCCACGUCCUCCUCCUCUCUCACCCUCCUCAAGCCUUUCAGCCCCACAUGCAGGUGCUGCUGCCCCUGGUGGUGGCAUGUGUAGAAGACACUUUCUACAAGAUCACGUCGGAGGCUCUGCUGGUCACUCAGCAGCUGGUCAGAGUGAUGAGGCCACACGGACAGAACACCGCCGCAGGGUUCGAUGCCAAACCGUUUGUGAGAGAGGUGUUUUCUGUGACGCUGAAGAGGCUCCAAGCGACAGACAUCGACCAGGAAGUGAAAGAGAGGGCUAUUUCCUGUAUGGGUCACAUGGUGUGUCACCUUGGCGACCACCUGGCGGCAGAGCUGCAGGGCGUUCUGGUGAUUUUUCUGGAGAGGUUAAAGAAUGAGAUCACAAGACUGACGGCAGUUCGCACCAUCACCCUUAUCGCGGCAUCUCCGAUAAAGGUCAACUUGUCGUCCAUCCUGCCAGAGGCCCUGUCGGUGUUGGGGUCGUUUCUGAGGAAGAACCAGCGGACGCUGAAGCUCGGCUCGCUGGCCUGUCUCACCGCGCUGGUGACUCAUCACGCCGCCAGCAUCAAACCUGCAGCUCUGGAGCCGGUUCUGAGUGAACUUCCUGCUCUGGUGGAUGAGGGCGACAUGCAUGUGUCCCAGGUAUCCAUCACCUUGCUGACCUGCAUGGCCCGAGCCUGUCCAUCCUCUCUGGCUAAGAUCAGCUCCUCCGUGCUGCCGGGCGUCUUCAGGCUAGUCCACUCUCCUCUCCUGCAGGGCGGCGCUCUUGCAGCCAUACUGGACUUUAUCCAGGCGCUGGUUCUGUCCAAAACCAGCAACAUGGGCUACAG